CCUCCUCGGGCCGCGCCGGGGCCGCCCCGCACUGCGCAUGAGCGGGAGCCCGGCGAGCCCGUGAGAGGAGCCGCCGCCGCCGCCGCCGUCCAUUCGCUGCGGAGCCGGAGGAGGAGGGGAGAGGCCUGGAGGACACCAACAUGAACAAGUUGAAAUCAUCGCAGAAGGAUAAAGUUCGUCAGUUUAUGAUCUUCACACAAUCUAGUGAAAAAACAGCAGUAAGUUGUCUGUCUCAAAAUGACUGGAAGUUAGAUGUUGCAACAGACAAUUUUUUCCAAAAUCCUGAACUUUAUAUACGAGAGAGUGUUAAAGGAUCAUUGGACAGAAAGAAGUUAGAACAACUAUACAAUAGAUACAAAGAUCCUCAAGAUGAAAAUAAAAUUGGGAUAGAUGGUAUACAGCAGUUCUGUGAUGACCUGGCACUCGACCCAGCCAGCAUCAGUGUAUUGAUCAUUGCAUGGAAAUUCAGAGCAGCAACACAGUGUGAGUUCUCCAAACAGGAGUUCAUGGACGGCAUGACAGAAUUAGGAUGUGACAGCAUAGAAAAACUAAAGGCCCAGAUACCCAAGAUGGAGCAAGAAUUGAAAGAACCAGGACGAUUUAAGGAUUUUUACCAGUUUACUUUUAAUUUUGCAAAGAAUCCAGGACAAAAAGGAUUAGCAAUGAAUGAGAGUUCCUGUUGCUUCACAUCUUCGCCAGCAUUUGGUGUUGUCAGUGUUUGGAUUUGGGCCAUUGCAAAAGAUCUAGAAAUGGCCAUUGCAUACUGGAAUUUAGUGCUUAAUGGAAGAUUUAAAUUCUUAGACUUAUGGAAUACAUUUUUGUUGGAACAUCAUAAACGAUCAAUACCAAAAGAUACUUGGAAUCUUCUUUUAGACUUCAGUACAAUGAUUGCAGAUGACAUGUCUAAUUAUGAUGAAGAAGGAGCGUGGCCUGUUCUUAUUGAUGACUUUGUGGAAUUUGCACGCCCUCAAAUUGUUGGGACAAAAAGUACAACAGUGUAGCACUAAAGGAACCUUCUAGAAUGUACAUAGUCUGUACAAUAAAUACAACAGAAAAUUGCACAGUCAAUUUCUGCUGGCUGGACUGAACUGAAGAUCAAUCCUCACAAUUCAAGACUGAGGGUUGAGACAAAACUUUAAGGAUACAUCUUGGACCAUAUCGUAUUUCAUUCUUCUAAUGGUGGUUUGGGCUUGUCUUCUAGUCUGGGCCACUCUAAACAUUUAUAAUUCCAACAUUGUGGAUUUCAUCUAUCUGUGGACCAUCCUAGUUUAUCCUCCCAUAAGUCUUAGAAGCUUUAUGGUGAUUAUUUUGAGGUUUCCAUUCUUGCAUAAAGCACAAUGCUGUCUUCAUCAGGAAACAGUUUGGCAUAAGAAUUAAAUGUAUGAACAUCACAAACAAUUUAUAAAAACUUCUUAAAUAUAUGCUUUGGGCUAGUUGCAAAGACUAUGCUAAUAGCACUUCCAAUGAGAGUGAUAUAUUUAAGUGUACUGGAUCUGCAAUGAUGUCUUGGUUUGGGGGAUUUUUUUUCUGGCAAAUCACAUGUAUUGUUGAUAUGAGUAGAGAAUCUGAUGAAAAAAAUGUCAAAAUAACCAAGGUGAAAAAUUUUUAGGAUAACUUGGUGUGCUUACCUGGAAAUUUAUUGUUUCAGACCCUCAAUUUCAAAAGGUUCCACAGAACUAGUUCUGCACUUAUCUCACCAUGUUUAUGUGUAGUCCUACAGGGAGCUUUUAUUUAGAAAAUGUCUGCAUAAUGGUAGAUUCUACCCAUCUACAUUAUGCACUACAUAAUUGGAUUUCAUUAUGAUUUUGAAAUGCUUAUAUGCCUGUUGAAUAAGUUAAACUAUUUAAUUUGUUUUAUGUUUUAGACUGCUACACAAUACAGUAUAUAAAUUUAGGCAUGAGGGUUAUUUUAUUUUUUUUGUUUUUUUGUCAGCGCACUAUGGAACACAAAUGAAAUUCUCUUAAUUUAUAAGAAGAUAGUUAGGAAUUAAAUUUUGAAAAUGGUCGUGAUGAGCCAUGAUGUUCAAUCCUAUAGGUACUGCUUUCAGACAUAUAGUCCAUUUUUGAUGACUUCUUAUUUUGUUGAAACUGCUUUAACUGCUAAUCACUGUGGUUGCCAAAUAUUUCAGGAGCAAACAUUUUCAAGCAAGCAUGCACUUGAUGCAAGUAUCAAUUUGGCUUUUAUUUUCAUAAAUUAUUUUGUCUCUUUACUGUUUUUGUUUCACUCCUAUUUAGCUCAGUUUUCACAUAAAAGCAGAAUUGUAUCUUGUACUUUUUUGUUGUUACAAGACCCAUAAACUGCUUUCAUGAUGAAAAUGCUCAUGUCUCUCUUCACUUCUUCAACAGGCAAAGAAGGGUUUAUUGCUUUCUUAAACAUUUCUGAACGGCAGGUUAAAAAAUGUAAAACUUUACUGCUGAGUAUGGUCUUUAGUGGGAAUAGAUUUUGCGUGGUGUAUCCAGGCAUUUUCAAAGGUCUGAUGUUGACAUUAUCAAAGGAAUGUACUUCACAAUAGCAGUACAUUUUAUUUAGGUGUGGAAGUGAUUUUAAGAAACAAUGACAUAUUAAAAUGACUUUUUAUUUACGUGAUUCUGAAACUGACUAGAAAGUUUUCCCCAUAGGUAUUAUAUUAAUAUUCCAAUUGUAACUUAAAUUCAAGAAUACAGUUCUACCAAAAGGAAAAUUUCUAUUCAGGUUACUGGAAUUGGUUAUUAAA